AUGUUACUAUAUAGCCGUGUAGCCGCGCCCAAGAUUCCCAAGAGGAGAUCGAGAGCAGGUGAGUCUGGAGAUGCUGUCCCUGCGCCGUCCCGUCCUUGUCCAUUUCCCAGCUUUCAGCACGUGGCUGCCACGACGAGGCAGACGUCAUACAUGGAAGAAGCCACAAUCUUCAUGUUCAACUCCCUCCCCAUUCGUUGGCUCUUUUCAAAAUUUUAUGAGAACAAGAGAUUUCUGACUUUAGCUAUUGUCGGCGUUCCAACCAGGUUGUUCCUCUUGAAAAAGAAAUGUAACGAAGAGCGCCCGCAAUGUGGGCGAUGCGCGGAGCGUGGUCUCACCUGCACAUACGAGCCCGUCAAGCCUCGUCAGCGCAGAAAGCGAGACCCAUCUGCCUCACAAGUCCUAGACGGCGCUGCGACGAGCGUUUCUCACAGCUCGCCCUAUAGUCCAUCUCGGAGAUUGUCUGAGCUCAGUCGCCACAGCCGCAGUAGCUCACCCGAGGAGUUCUUCAGCCAUGACGGAGGCUACCAGGAAGCAGAAGACCACUUAAUCGACGGCGGUCUUCUCAGUCCUCUGGGCAGCAACUUUGAUGCAGUGUCACUCGCGACCUAUCAGUCCGCCGAGCCACCAAUGCUGUCUCCUCUGGGCUCGGUGACAUUCGAUUUCUCGAUCGAUCCGGAUGACGACAGUGCUUGCCAGGCCGAGGAGAGCCUGACCGACCCUUUGGUUUCACCUGCCUCGGGUGCCGUCAUUCUUCCAUCUAGGUCUCUACAUCCGGAUCUUGCGAUGAUCGCACCAUGUCCCGUGGGCUCACCAUUGCGGGAGUUCCAUGUUCCGGCGUUCCUCGAAUUUUCUGACCGCCCCAACCGCCGUGCGCUUGUGGAUCAUUUUUGCAACGUCUUGUCACAUCUCAUUGUUUUCAGGGAGGAAUCCGGAAACCCUUUCCAACAAUUGUUGCUACCCCUGUCUACACAGAGCCAUCCGGUCAUGAACGCCAUCUAUGCACUUGCUAGUGCCCAUCUGGAGUACCGGGGGGUAGAGAAUGGCGAAAGAUCUUUGCACUUCCACAAUCAAGCUAUCCAGGGCCUGGCACGGCUGAUCCAGAACGAUGCUAAAAAGAAACGGACCGAGAUCUUGGCUGCCAUCAUGCUGCUCGUGUAUUAUGAAGUGCUGGUCCAGAAGGGGAGAUCGAAUAUCGUGGAUGGGCAUCUAAAGGGUGCCAUGUCAAUCAUGUCGUCCAAUACAGAGGCUCCUGACCCUGCAGCCGUAUUCCUAGAACGCGCCUUUCGGUUCUACGACGUCAUCGCAGCAUUAUCCUUUGGGACUGCACCUUUAUCAACGGCCCCGGCUGCUGGCUGCCUCAUUCCCUUCCCGCCCAUUGGCGCGCCUGAGUUUUCGUCUCUCAGCAAUGUAGACACAUUAUUGGGCAUGGCAACGACGCUGUGGCCGAUCAUCCAUCGCCUAUCAAACUUGCGUUCUUUGAAAAGCGAUCUCCAAGCAGCCAUCCAGGCGAAUAUGGCGACAACUAAAAUCGCCGUUCUUCGUACCGAACUUCAGACCACUGCCGAAGCGAUAGAAGGUGCCUUGGGGCAAUGGACACCCUGCCUCCCACCAAACUUUGUGUCUGACAACGACGAUGCUACUAAAGUAAUUAAGCGUGAGCCUCAAGACGGUACAGACGCUGUAGCGGAAACGGGGAGAAUUCACUCGAUCCUCAACAACGCGCUCGCAUAUCGACACAGCGCCCUCGUAUACCUCUACCGGACGAUAUAUGGGUAUAGUCGAUCCAGCCCGUCAGUGCAAACCCAGGCCCACAUUGCUCUUACACACUGCGUUGCGACUGUCGCUCACGCCGGCCCGAUGGGCGCCCUGCUAUGGCCACUGUUUGUGGCAGCGUGCGAGGCUGUCAGCCAAGACGACCGGGAGCUGGCGAGGAGGGCCUUUGAUGCGGUGGAGAAGCGACAGGGCAUGGUCAAUAUUGGGCGGGCGCGGGAGAUCGUGCAGGAGGUCUGGCGGAGGGCCGACAUCGCCGAAGCGGGAGAGGAACAGCGCGGCCAGAGCGCGUACGGCCGGGCUGAGGAGACACAAGGCGGCGAUCUUUGGAGACAAGUCAGCCAAGAGAUGGGGGUAAAUAUUGUUUUUGGGUAA